AUGGGGUUUGGUGUCGCGCUUGCCAGGCUCGUUGUGCGUCUCCUAGCGUUGCCUUUGGUCUCUCAUGCUGGUCUUGCUAUAACGUCGUCAUCGUCGGUGAGAAGUGACAUCACUUUGUUGUACAAUAAUGACCUGAACGCCCUUGGAGAGACGUUGCUGCCCGUCAACAAGACAUUCUUUGCGACUGACUUGGCGCAUCUGCUCCAGUACCAAGUAUUCCAGAAGAACUUCCCUCCCACCCAGCAGUUCUGGGUAGCCGGCUCGGGACCGUUUUGCCAGAUUGUCAAUGCUAAGGGUGCCGUCAGCCUUUCGCUGACGUGUCUGCGAGAGCUGCCUGUGCUGUGCUCCCAGAGCGCCGGCUUCCAAGCACUAGCCCAGCCCGAGACUUCGCUCACGGUGAAGUCUCAGGACUUGACGAUCGUCGGAUUUCGGGAUCAAACGACGUUCAAGUUCUAUGGCAUUCCAUAUGCCGACCCUCCGGGCCGGUGGGAGUACCCUACUGCAUACACCGGCAACAGGACCAUCGAUGCGCGCAACUACGCUCCUGCGUGUUUCGGGUCAGGCUUGAACCCCAGCAGCGAGGACUGUCUCCACUUGAACAUCUGGACGCCCUUUAUUCCAUCGCCAGACACGAAGACGCGUCUGAAGGCAGUGAUGUUCUGGAUCCAUGGUGGCGCAUUCACGGGUGGAUCAGGAAGCCAGUCGCUGUACGAUGGGGGCGCACUCGCGUCUCGUGGCGAUGUCGUCGUCGUCGGAAUUGACUACCGCCUUUCCACUCUCGGCUUCCUCGCACUCGAUGAUGGCAAGACAAACGGGACUUUGGCGAUGGGCAAGUACGCUGCAGCUAUCCCGAUGAGCAACCUCGCGGGCGCGAACUAUGCCACGACGUACUCUUUGUACUAUACCAUCCCCGAGGAAGUCUCGCUUAUCGCGGAUCCGAUCAUCUCGGCGGCCAAUUGCAGCGACGCGAGUGAUGUCCUGGGUUGCCUCAGGGCCCUUGACGUCGACACGCUUUUCCGUCUUGGGACUGUUGCUAGGUACCUCGUCGUGGAUGGUACAUACAUCGUCCAUCGCCAGCUUCCUGUCGACGGCUCUGGCGAGGUUGCCAACGUCCACACCAUGAUGGGCUUCAUGCGCGAUGACGGGGCAGGAUUCAUUGGUUAUCCGACCAGCGGAAACCUGACAGAGGCAUUGAUUGCCGCGUCUCUUGACACCAGUAUCGCCGACAACGCGCUGUUCCCAGAGCCGUCUGGCCCCAAUGUAACGCUGAAUGUCUACAAUGUGACGGCUGGUGCUACGACGGAUGUUGAGUUCCGCUGUCUGGACGAGGCGACGGCGUUCUCCGUGGUCACUCACGAAUUGUUCAAGAGUGUGUGGUUCUACGAGUUCAACAGAAGUUACGAGCCACCCGGGCAUGAUCCUAACUGGCCCACUUGCGAACCGCCCGUCACCCCGGAGCAUCCGUUCGGAGACACUUCUGCCGAGUACUUCAAGUGCCACUCUGGCGAGCUGUACUACGUCUUCGCUUCGCUCCCUGCGGACCUGCCGUACCGUGACGAUCAGGACCUGCCAUUUACGCAGCGCAUAGUAGACAUCUGGUCGUCCUUCGCGCGUACAUUCAACCCGAACCCCGACCCUGGAUUCCUUGCUGCCCGCGGCUUCACGAGCACGGCGCAGCAGCUGGCGGCGCAGCCGAAGUGGGAGCCGGUGACGAAGGCUAAUUUGCAUGGGAAGCCGGUGCAGCAGCUACAGUGGGAGAGCGUGAUGGUGCCGUUUGGACAGCAGGAGCAGUGCGAGUUCUUGGGCUUCCCGCUGACAUAUUAUGGGUGA